AUGUCUGAUGUCUUUCUAAAUUUCAUCGCUGGGGGUGUUGGUGGAUCAUGUACGGUGAUUGUGGGACAUCCAUUCGACACGGUAAAGGGUAUGGCUGCUCCUCUAGCCGGGGUCAGUCCGUUGUUUGCCGUGUUCUUUGCUGGGUGCGCCAUAGGCAAGCAUCUUCAGACGACACAUCCUGAUCAGGAGAUGACAUUCAUACAAAAUUUUAACAGUGGCGCAUUAGCUGGAGUGUUCACCACUGUCGUUAUGGUACCCGGAGAACGUAUUAAGUGUCUUCUCCAGGUGCAAGCUGAAGGCCAUGCACCAUCAGGAGUACAUUACAAUGGACCGUUGGAUGUUGUCAAAAAACUAUACAGACAAGGUGGAAUCUCCAGCCUCUAUAGAGGAACAGGUGCUACACUUCUUCGAGAUAUACCAGCAAGUGCUGCGUAUCUUUCCGUUUACGAAUUUCUCAAAAGGAAGUUCUCUGGUGAAGGUGGUCAGCGAACUCUUUCUCCAGGAGCCACAUUACUUGCUGGUGGCUUAGCUGGGAUAGCCAACUGGUCAGUUUGCAUUCCUGCUGAUGUGUUAAAGUCAAAAUUACAAACUGCUCCUGAAGGUAAGUAUCCUGAUGGAAUACGCGGCGUAUUCCGAGAAGUGAUGCGAGAAGAAGGGCCGAAAGCCUUAUUUAAGGGCUUCACACCAGUAAUGCUUCGUGCAUUCCCAGCAAAUGCAGCAUGUUUCUUCGGAUUGGAAGUGACACUUUCUAUAUUCCGACUGCUUGGAGUAGGAGAGAAGGCAGAAGUAGGUUAA